AUGAAUCUUCUCAUCUUCGGAGACCAGACUGCCGACCAGUACCCGCUCUUGCGGAAGGCAGCAACAUGGAAGAACAAUUCCGCCCUCACAACUUUUCUGGACAGAAUCAGCGUUGUCAUCCGCGACGAAGUCCAGGCACUACCACGGGCACAGCGAGACCAAAUCCCCGACUUUUUGACCACAUGGGAUCUCGCCGAGACAUACUACAGCAAGGGAGUGAAAAUCCCACAGCUUGAAAGCACCAUGGUUACUAUUGCACAACUGGCACAUUACAUUGGACACUAUUCUGAAAACCCUUCGGAGCUACCAACUCCUGCAAACACAAGAGUCCUCGGCCUUUGCACUGGCCUAAUCGCAGGAUCUGUUGUCGCAUCGGCAAGAUCACUUAGUGAGCUUCUGCCGCUCGCUACCGAGGCUGUCAGAAUCGCAUUUCGCGUAGGCACCUGUGUUGGGGCUGCUAAAGAUGUUCUUGAGCAGGCCCGUAAUGCUCAGGAAAGCUGGUCGACCAUUGUAACCGGAAUAUCCGAGAGCGCCGCCAAGAGUGCCCUUGCUGCGUUUCACGAAGAUCAGCGCAUACCUGUUUCGGCUCAGGCCUACGUUAGCGCUGUUAGCGUUAUGGCAUUGACAAUCAGUGGUCCACCAUCCACGACGAAACGCCUAUUUCUGGAAAGCGAUGCAUUCAAAGGAAACACCCGCGUACCCAUCCCCGUGUUUGCGCCAUACCAUGCUCCCCACAUUUACGCCCAGGCCGAUAUUGAGAGCAUUUUGGAUGGCCAGGCCGUACGGCAUCUGGAGCAAUUCCGCCCAGUCGCCCUCAUCCACUCAGCAACAAGCGGAAAAUGCCAUACUGCGACCAGCACGCUCGAGUUGAUGAGGAACGUGUUGAGCGAGAUCCUACUUCAGCCAGUGCGAUGGGACAACCUCCUUGGAGAAGUGGUCUCGCAGGUGACAGCCACCAGCAGUGCCGAGUGCACUGUGUCCGCUAUCGGUGUCACCAAUGUUGCCAAUAGUCUUGCUUCGGCUUUGAAGGCUGGCGGCCAGACCUCCAUCUCUGUUCGCGACCACAUCACAUGGGUUGCAAAGACCGCUGCCUCUGGUGGCCGCACUCAGAAUGACAAGAUUGCCAUUGUUGGCAUGUCAGGACGUUUCCCUGGUGCCGCGAACCCUGAAGCGCUUUGGGAGCUGCUUGAGAAGGGCCUUGACGUCCACCGCGAAGUUCCAGCCGACCGGUUCGAUGCAAAGGCUCAUUGCGACCCCACCGGCAAGGGCAAGAACAAGAGCCACACCCCAUUCGGCUGCUUUAUCGACGAGCCCGGUCUAUUCGAUCCCCGCUUCUUCAACAUGUCACCACGUGAGGCUGCUCAGACUGAUCCCAUGGGUCGUUUGGCCCUCACCACCGCUUACGAGGCUUUGGAGAUGUCCGGAUAUGUGCCCAACCGUACGCCCUCAACCAAGCUCAACCGUGUUGGUACUUUCUACGGCCAAACGUCAGAUGACUGGCGUGAAAUCAACGCUGCCGAGAACAUUGACACGUACUUCAUCACAGGUGGUGUGAGAGCUUUCGCCCCUGGCCGCAUCAACUACUACUUCAAGUUCUCCGGGCCGUCAUACAGUAUUGAUACUGCCUGCUCGUCAUCUCUUGCAGCCAUUCAGUUGGCUUGCACUUCUCUCUGGGCAGGAGACUGCGAUACUGCCUGCGCUGGUGGACUCAAUGUCCUAACCAACCCGGACAUUUUCUCUGGUCUCAGCAAGGGACAGUUCUUGUCCAAGACUGGUAGCUGUAAAACAUACGACAACGAUGCAGACGGUUACUGCCGCGGUGACGGUUGCGGCACUGUCGUCCUCAAGCGUUAUGAGGACGCCGUCGCGGACAAGGACGACAUCCUCGCCUGCAUUCUGGGCGCAGCUACCAACCACAGCGCCGAGGCUGUCUCAAUUACUCAUCCCCAUGCUGGCGCUCAGGAGUUCCUCUACAACAAAGUUCUCGCCAACGCAGGCGUUGACGCCCAUGACAUCCGAUAUGUUGAGAUGCACGGUACCGGUACCCAGGCCGGUGAUGGCAUUGAGAUGACCUCUGUCACCAACGCCUUCGCUCCUCGUCACCGUCAGCGUCGCCCGGAUCAGACUCUCCAUCUUGGUGCCAUUAAAGCCAACAUCGGACACGGCGAGGCUGCUUCUGGCAUCAACUCGCUCGUGAAGGUGUUGAUGAUGCUCAAGAAGAACGCCAUUCCUGCCAAUGUCGGUAUCAAGGGUGUCAUGAACAAGACCUUCCCCAAGGAUUUGCUUCAGCGCAAUGUUCACAUCGAGACCACGCAGGUUGACUUCCCUCGCAAUGGCGCUGAAAAGCGCAGGGUCUUCCUGAACAACUUUUCUGCUGCCGGUGGCAACACCGCCAUCAUUAUUGAGGAUGGCCCGCUGCGCGAGGCACCCAAGGCUGUGGAUCCUCGAACGAUGCAUAUGGUCACAGUCACCGCUAGGUCCAUCGCUUCGCUCAAGAGGAACAUCAGCAACCUCAUGCAGUACCUGACGGAGAACCCGAAGACCACUCUUCCCAGCUUGGCGUACACUACGACAGCUCGUCGUAUUCAGCACAACUACCGAAUCGCCUUCUGCGUUUCCGAUAUUGCAAAGGUGCAUGAUACCCUCCAAACUCAGCUGAAGGAUUCAUACAGCCCGCUUCCUAUGGUCCCAACCAAGACCGCGUUCACAUUCACUGGUCAAGGCUCUCAGUACACCGGACUUGGACAGAAGUUCUACGAGGAAUUGAGCUCCUUCAAAGCCGAUAUCGACCAGCUUGACAACGUUGCUCGUCUGCACUCUCUGCCAUCCAUCCUCCCCUUGCUCACCGGCACGGAUGUGGCUACCCUAUCACCCGUUGUCGUGCAGCUCGGCAUGGCUUGUAUCCAGGUCGCUCUUGCGCGCAUGUGGGCCUCUUGGGGCAUCAAACCUGUCGCUGUCAUCGGUCACAGUCUUGGCGAGUACGCUGCUCUGCAGGUUGCUGGCGUCAUCUCAGCCAGCGAUAUGGUUCUUUUGGUCGGUCGUCGUGCCGAGAUUUUGGAGCAAGAGUGUACUGCCAACUCCCACGGUAUGCUUGCUGUCAAGGGUAGUGCCGAGUCCAUCAAGGCGGCUCUUGGUAGCAAUAUGACCGAGAUUGCUUGCAUGAACGGUCCUGAAGAGACUGUCCUCUGCGGCACUGUCCAGAUCAUCGAAGCCACUAGCGAGCUCCUCUCCUCCAAGGGUUUCAAGGCCACCAAGUUGAACGUGCCCUUUGCCUUCCACUCGUCUCAGGUCGAGCCCAUCUUGGAGAAGUUCAAGGCUGCUAUUGCCUCUGUCGUCUUCAACAAGCCUGAGAUACCUGUUAUGUCUCCCCUCACUGGCGAGGUCAUUCGUGAAGCUGGCAUAAUCGGUCCUGACUACCUUGCUCGCCACGCCCGCGAGACUGUCAACUUCUGGACCGCGCUUGCUACUGGUAAGGAGGAGAAACUCUUCGACGACAAGACCACAUGGCUGGAAAUCGGUGCUCACCCUGUCUGCAGCGGUAUGGUGAAGUCUACUCUUGGCGGAUCUCCUUGCACCGCCGGCUCUCUCCGCCGCAACGAAGACCCAUGGAAGACCCUCUCUUCUAGCAUCACCACGCUCUUCCUUGCCGGUGUGUACUUCGACUUCAACGAAUACCACAGGCUGUUCAACGACGCUCACGAGCUGUACACAUUGCCCACAUACAGCUUUGACAACAAGAAGUACUGGCUCGACUACCACAACAACUGGACCCUCACCAAGGGUGAAGAAGUCCAGGUCGCUCAGCCCAAGGCAAUUGAGGCGGCCCCUGUGGAGCUCGUGUCCAAGCUCUCGACUACGUCUUGCCACAAGAUCGUGCAAGAGGAGUUGCACGCCAACUCCGGUACCAUCGUGGUUCAGUCGGAUCUGUCUGACCCGAAGCUUAAGGCUACCAUUUGCGGUCAUCAAGUGAACGGAACGCCGCUCACCCCUUCGUCGCUUUACGCAGACCAAGCAAUGACUGUAGCCGACUACCUUUACCAGCAAUUGCGCCCUAACAUGCCCACACCUGGUCUCAAUGUCUGCGCUAUGGAAGUCACAAAGCCUUUGAUUCCGCAGUACCCUGCACCCGCUGAUGGUCAGCACAUCCAGAUUGAGGCUACCGCUGAUCUCGAGACCAACCAAGUUCAACUUAAGUACCGAACUGUGACAGCUGAUGGUUCCAAGGUGCUUGCCGAACACGCAGUUGGUCUUGUGAAGUAUGAGGACGUCAACGCCUGGAAGGAAGAGUGGGGCCGUGUGCAGUACAUGGUUCAAAGCCAGAUCAACAUCCUGUCGCAGAAGCUUCAAACUGGCGAUGCCCACAAGAUUCUCCGUGGCAUGGCUUACAAGCUGUUCAAGGCUCUCGUCACAUACGCCGACAACUACCGCGGUAUGGAGGAGGUCAUCCUAGACGGCAAGCAGACCGAAGCAACCGCUCAGGUUCAGUUCCAGACUACAGCCGCCGAUGGAGAGUUCCUCUGCUCCCCAUACUGGAUCGACAGCUUGGCCCAUCUCUCCGGCUUCAUCGUCAACGCCUCUGAUCAUCUUGACUCAGACAACUCGGUCUACAUCUCGCACGGCUGGGGAUCCAUCAAGAUCUCUAAGCAGCUUUCGCCAGAGAAGAAGUACCGAUCGUACGUGCGCAUGCAGCCCGCACCCGGAAACAUCUCCGUGGGUGAUGUUUACAUCCUGGAAGGCGAGGAGAUUAUCGGUAUGGUCUUGGGUCUCAAGUUCCAGAACAUUCCUCGUCGCGCCCUCAACAUCAUGAUGCCUCCUGCUGGAGCCAAGACCAGUGCCGCCGCUAAGCCUAUCGCUAAGGCUGUUCCUAUGAAGGCUCUUCCUUCUUCGGCCCCCGUCAAGGCCGUGAAGCCCGCUCCCGUCAAAGUAUCAAAGCCUGCUCCCAAGGCGGCCAAGACUGUCAAGGCUGUCAAGGUCGUCAUCCCUGGCCUCGUUACAAAGGUCAUGACUAUGCUCGCCGAGGAAACUGAGGUUGACGUCUCAGAACUCGUUGAAGAGGCUGCAUUCGAGAACUUGGGUGUCGAUUCGCUACUUUCCCUCACCAUCUCGGCCAGGUUCCGCGAGGAACUCGACAUGGAGAUCCCUUCAUCUCUGUUCACCGACUGUGCCACAGUUGGAGAGUUGAAGAAGUUCUUCGCGCAGCUUGAUGGCGGUGCCGCUGUCAUUGCCGACGAUGUCUCCGAUACAGAGGAUGAGCCAUCUGACCCUUCCUCUCCCAUGGCUGCUAGCACUCCCGCCAGCUCUGCACCCAGCGAUUCUGGCAACGAUGUUGACAGCAAGAUUGUCUGCCAGGUUGUCGAUGGCGAGGCUAGUCUCGCCCGCAAGCUUGUUGCUGAGGAGAUGGGUGUUGAUGUCUCCGAGAUCACGGACGAGCUCGACCUUACCGACAUUGGUAUGGACUCGCUCAUGAGUCUGACUAUCCUCGGAUCCAUGCGUGAGCAGACUGGACGGGACCUUCCAGCAGACUUCCUCACCGUCAAUGUCACCAUCAAGGACAUCGAGACAGCUCUUGGUAUGCGCCCCCUGCCCGCAGCUAAGAUCAUGACCACAGCCAAGGCUGCCUCGAAGGUUCCCCAGCUUGCUGAGGUCAACAAGAAGCUCGCCAAGGUCGUUGAUGUUUCCAACCUGCCUCCGUCGACCUCGGUACUACUCCAGGGUAACCCCAAGAUCGCUACCAAGAAGUUCUACCUCAUUCCUGAUGGCUCUGGCAGCGCAACGUCCUACAUCUCCAUCCCCAACAUCUCUCGCGACAUGGCUGUGUACGGGCUCAACUGCCCCUUCAUGAAGUGCCCAGAGAAAUGGACUUGUGGUGUGGAGGGAGUCGCGCAGCUUUACCUUCAAGAGAUCAAGCGCCGCCAACCCACUGGACCUUACCUUGUCGGUGGAUGGUCUGCCGGUGGAGUCAUGGCCUAUGAGGUCGCCCGCUUGCUUGUCAACUCGGGCGAUAAGGUAGAGAACCUCGUUCUCAUCGACUCUCCCUGCCCCGUCGCUCUUGCCCCUCUUCCCGCCCGUCUCCACAUCUUCUUCGAUCAGAUAGGUCUCCUCGGUACAGGCAAGCCAGGCGGUACUCCCUCGUGGCUGUUGCCGCACUUUGCCUCUGCCAUCCAAAACCUCAAGGACUACGACCCGAUCCCCAUGGACCCCAAGAUUGCGCCACCCGUCCUUGCCAUCUGGUGCACAGACGGCGUGUGCCCCAACCCCAACGACCCUCGUCCUCCCCCAGGCGAGGGAGAGGACCCAGCUCCCAUGAAGUGGCUCCUCAACAACCGCACAGUAUUUGAUGACUGUGGUUGGGGACAACUCCUUCCCAAGGAGAACUUCGAGUACGCCGUAAUGGGCGGUAACCACUUCACGAUGAUGAAGGGUGAUCACGGUGCCACAUUAGGCAAGCUCAUCCAGAAGGGUCUCAACCUUUAA